CUGAUCGCCACCAAACAACCAACAAAGAGCACUGUGUCAGUCCUAAGCGAGAGCGAUCGACUUGGCCAAGGAUUCCUAACUGACCAAUAUGGGACAGAACCAAGACAAAACUGAAGGAGGAGAGCCGGUUCCUGACGAGCAGCUGGAGGAAACUAAGUUAUGCAGUGAACUAGGAGGUUUGGGUACUCGUUCAGGUGAGAUCACGGAGAAAGAAAGUUCAUGUGAAGAAGACGAUGGGAAAAAGUCAGAUGAGCCAGAAUGCUAUCAUCUGAACGAGAACCCCAGCUAUGAACCGACAAUAACGUCCAUUGAGAGGCUGUGCGAGAGUCAGCACACUGCGAGGGAGGUGAGACAGGGAGGGGCUGCAGAAAAGGAGGGCGGAGGUGAACAAGUAGAGGGAGGCUGGACUCCUCCUCUGUCUCCACAUGAGACGGAGAGGAACCCCGUGAGUACCUCAGGAACAGACAGGCGUAAAGCAACGCACAAAUUAUCCAGGAUCAACAAAACCAGGAGGAAAACUGCGGAGCAGCUUCGAGCAUCUACGAAGACCAGGAUGGAGCAUCAGGCGGAGGAAACCCCCCCACAAAAAGAUGACAACUCAGAGGAUGCAAGCUCUUUUGGACACUCUGAGCACGACCCUGUGAUGCUGAAGACCUGCGCCUAUGGAGCUCAUACAGGAAGUGGGCCGCUGCUUGUUCAGGACCUGAAUGAAAUUAUGAUGGCUGGAGCUGGAAACGAGGAUACUAAGCUCCGCACAGGAACAGUCGGCUACUUAACUGAGAGGAAGGAACCGCCUCCAGCUCGGCCCCCACAUCCUUUGGAAAACAGACUCCAGAAGGAGUCUUUAUUACACAUGAGUGAUACCAUUCAAGGGGGAACCCCAGAGGAGAAAACAGAGAUUAAUGAAAAGGAAGUCGCUCUAAAAUAUGGUUUAGGUGACUGUUCCUCAGCUGGGCCAAAGGUGACUGAUGUAUGUGAGAUGGAGACAGAGAUGCAGCAUUCGUACGCUGAUCACACAGCCAUGGCACUGGAGCCAGCGCCAACUGCAGCCUCGGAUCUUGAGCCGAGCUCUAUCCUAGAGAAGCUGCUGAAGAGAAACAAAACAGAGGCAACCCCAUCGCUGGCUAAAAUAAAAGAAGUUUACACUGAAACGAGGCAAGAUCUCGUGGACGCAGAGCAGAUCGUUGAAAGCGCAUCAGCUGCGCCCCUGAGCAGCGAGAACGACCCGCCUGAGGGCGACACAGAAAUGACUCCAAGCCAACAACCCAAACCAAACCCCGCAUCAAAAGAUUCCCACGGUGAGAACGGAGAGGUGAAACAGACGACGGCGGUUCAAAACCCAACCUCAGAUUCGCUUUGCGUUCAGCCUGCUACGUGUGAGCGCUUACUAACUGAACCGCGUCGCCCGAGGGCCGCGAACAUCAACUCGGCAGAUGAUUGGGUGAAGGCAGAUGCUGAGAUAAGGUCAGACACGGGCCCCCCUGAAAGCUUGUCUUCAAACAGCUCACAAUCAGCUGUUUCACACAAGACAACAUCAUGUGAGCAGCGUGGCGUGAUCGCCGGGGAAUCUAAACCUUCCUCGGCGGAGUCCACGCCAACAGAGAGCGGCGGGCAAAUUGAAAACUCCUCGCGGAUACUCAGUGAGGAGAAGGCGGACUCUGACAUGGUUGGAAAACCUUCAUCGAUAAAGACCGAAACAAAUAACAAAACAUCCGUCACUGACGGAGCAGGCGCUCUGCAGGGAGGUGGGCAGGUGGCAAGAGAGCUUCCUGAAGAUGCUGCUGCACCACCUGCUGAUGCCGCUGCAACUUUGGUCGCAGAUGGAGGAGUUAUCAGUCAGGGACGCAGCACCCAGCCGGAGGUCAGGCGUCUGCACUCAGAAAAGGCUCAAGCAGAGGGAAGUGACGUACAACCUUACAGUGAGAAAGACAGCGUCUCAAUGAGGGACAAGUCCCAGAGCCCUCCGAGGCCCAGGCCUGUUUCUGACCUCAUAAAGGAGACAAUUCAGCUGCAUGAGAAGCUGCAGCACCAUGACCGGCCCAAGCCGGCAGAAGUCAAGUGUGCUGACGAGCAGGCCCAGUCCGUCAAGGUGGCACAGAUGAAGGCGGCUUUUGACUCGGUUCAAAAGUCCCCAGACAAGGCCGUCGAGAGGAAGCCGUCGGUGAGGCGAGAUAUGAGACGAGUUGUACGGCAGAGCAAAUUCCGUCACGUCUUUGGCCAGGCGGUGAAGAAUGACCAAUGCUACGACGACAUCCGCGUCUCCAGGGUCACAUGGGACAGCUCCUUCUGUGCGGUCAACCCCAAGUUCGUCGCCAUAAUUAUCGAGGCCAGCGGCGGUGGAGCUUUCCUCGUUCUCCCCCUUCACAAGCCUUCCAAGACCAUUUCCUCGUGCGCUGCCAUUGGCUGCUUCACGCAGCGUCGCCACACUUCUGGAUUCCAGGAUAGGCCAAAACGCCAGAAGCACCCGAGGUGA